AUGGACUACUUUAGCGGAGAACAUACUGCAGGUCCAAGCAAUUACCCCCACCCUCACGCGGAAGAGGUUGACUCAGCUACUCCCCCAUCUUCCCCAUCAGAGCGUGGCGAGAACCACCGUUCCAAUCGACAUACCCCAACAGCUCGUACGUACGCUCAGCUACUUGGCCGGACCACGGAUGGACAUCAUAGCCACUCCAAGUCCACCCACCGAUCUCGAAGUAAAUACUCAGAAUCACGCUCUCAUUCGCAUCGUUCAGACCACCGCUCCGAUCACCAUUACAACGACCCUAGCUCUUCAUCAACGAACUCAUCCUUGAAAUCCAAAGCCAAAGUACAGAAACUCAACUCGCUCCUUCUCCUCACGUCCGAGAAGUUGACUGCGGAGGUCACUCGUUCACGAACAGCCGAAGAAAGGUUGGCUUCAGCGCUGACCCUUCUGACGAAAUGCCGCACCGAGCAAGUUCAAGUCACGUCGCAGGUGUCGACUCUGAAUACACAGCUGGAACUGUAUAAGGCGCAGCUGGCUAGAGCGCAAGAUGAGAUUCUGCGGGCGCAGAGAAUUGUUGACGAGGUGGAGAAGGGGAAGAAGGAUGCUGAAGAGGCUGCUGCGAGGGCUAGGGCGCGAGCGAGGAAGUUGGAGGAGGAGAGCGUUGUGAGGCAAGCUAUAGAACAGGGGAGGAGAGAGGGGUAUAGACAAGGGUUGCGACAAGGACAACAACUGGCUUUAGAGCGGCUGAGUACGCGCCCUAGGAACGAGGCAUACGAAGAUGAGGAGGAUGAAGAGGAUGAGUACGAUGAAACACCGACCUCAGCAGACUCAAAAUCCGACCGUUCGCUGUCCAGUGCCCCAAAGCGUAGUAAAUACAACGAUCCAGUGCACAUCCCAAUAUUGGCUGAGCCAGUCCCUCUACGCGUCCCCUCCUCCAGAGCCACUUCGAUAGCUCCCUCCGUAACUCGACGUGCACCUUCGUAUUCACGGCCUAUUCUGGUUGACUCCAAGAGUCCCGAGUCCAUCCAACCUCUAGAUCCCAGAGCUUCGUCAUCUCGUCGAACCCCCAUCUCUUCAUCGGUUCCUCCGCAGCAUGCAUCUUCAUCGAAACAACGAGACCAACAGCCGAUCCAACCUCAACCCCCUCGCGAUACCGCCCCAUCAAUCUCUCGCCGCAAUACAGUCAUCCCCCCAGACGGAUUCAUUCCCGUUCUCGGAAGCGACUCCAUGAUCAAUCUUCCUGCUCCAUACGAGCUAUCCCAGACGCCUAAAACGAUGGCCGCGAGCAUCAAAGAUGGCAAAGAGGAUACUGAGAAUAGCGAUAAAGGUGGCGGGACAUCUGUCCCCGCUGGUCGCAUGCGCUCCGGAAGCCGCAGCACCGUACGCACCACGCAAGAGCAACGGUCAGAUGUAAAUCUAACUCAACGCCAAUCCACACCAAUCUAUGCUGUCCCUCGGCCGGCCACUACUAUGUCCUCUGCGUCCAUCUCGCAGUUCGAUAUCCUCAGCCCGCCUAACUCGGCGGACAAAGAGCGUUUCCCCAUCAAUGGACCCUCAGGGCAGGUAAGACCGAUCGAUCAGGCUGGUGCUAGAGAUGCCUACGACAGAAGAAGGGAAGAAUAUGGAAGACGCGCACCGCAGACACCUACACCCGCACCCAGGAAAGCACCCUUUCCACCCUAUCCAGCCGAUAGGAGGGGAGUCGUUCGGACCCCAAGCCAGGAGAUAACAGAAGAAUGGCGGUCAGCUAACUCAUCAGCGUCAAAAGGGAAAUCGCGAGCCGAUCCCCCUGCGCUGGCGCCCCCCGAUGCAGACCCAUAUCCGUCAGUAUUACGGAGCCCUCCACGCGGACCUCGCCGUCCAAAGCGUAUCGUGAUGCCGGAGCCAUUGUCUCUCGGCAGUGCCGCAGGUAUCAUGCAGCAGCAGCAGCAGCAGCAACAACAUAUCCACCCCCCACCACCCAUACUAUACCAAGACAAACCACAGCAGUCGAAAAUACCAUUCCCGCGACAAUCGCCCGAGAAUCAAGGUCACCAACAUCGCCCUUCGCCACUCGAGUGGCUCCAAAAACGGCUCACGAAUCGAACUGCAUCGAAUUCAACGGUGCCUCAGAUCAGCGUUGAACCACCGUCCCACUCUCCGUCCGGGCAUUCCCAGGAUGGCGACGAGAUAGACAUAGACCCCGUACUGUUGACACCCGACAAUGCUAGUCAUCAUGCCUUACCCCCGAGCUACGAUGCCCACAACAAUAGGGAUGCUGCCUCUCAUAACAGCCCCGUCAUCCUGCUCCCCUCGGACGAGCUACCUCCAGGAUUUGUUGUUACAUCUACGACUCCAAAGAGCGGGCAGCAGGCCCUCCCUCCCUCAAAUAACACCUAUGAUAAGAUGAAGAUCUACGCUGAUGCGGAACCUCAUACUCGACCAUCUACUUCGGCUACCACGUUGACCGGCGGUACCCAGCACAAGUCUGAGGACAGCCUCGGCAAAAAUGGACUGUUGGCAUCGCCGGCUUCACUCAGUCGGCCCUUCUCUAUAUUUUCAGAUGGCUCGUAG